GAGCGAGCGACAUGGCGGCGCGCCCACCCCGCGCGGCGGCCCCGCGGCCCGGGCCGCGCGAGUAGGUCGCCAUGCGCGAUGCGGUAUGAGGCAGCGCCGCGCCCGGCGGGCCGGCCCCCGCUAGCGGCGCCGCCCCCGCCAUGCGAGCGCCGCCGCUGCUGCUGCUGCUGCUGAUGGCGGCCGCGGGCCUGGCCGUGAGUCCGCUCGCGCGCCUCAACCCCUGGCUGAGCGCGUGCGACCUGGAGGAGGAGGGCGCGGGCGCCGAGUGCGGCGAGGGCGAGCGGCACGCGUGCGGCGGCGGCGGCGCCGAGACGCUGGCGGGGCGCGACGUGCGGCCGCUGUGCGCGCUGGGGGCGGCAGCGCGAGCGCGCCGCCUGGCCGAGCUGCGGCUGCGCGCCUGCUGCGAGCGCUCGCCCGCCUCCGCGCUGGACCGCGGCGCGCGCGCCGACGUGCUGGCCGGCGGGGAGCGCUGCGAGCGCACGCUGCACGACCUGCUCGCCCUCGACGCGAUGGUCGCGCGCGUGCACUGCGACUUCGCCUACAUCCUCCAACGCUAUGACUGCGACCAGUCCUACUCCGUACACACGUGUCACGAGUGCCAGGAGACGUAUCGACGUUGGGCGUGUAGCACAAUGGUUCCGCUUUGGGUGGAAGAGGGCGCUGAGGACGGCGACGAGGGCGGGCGGUCACGGCGCGCGCCCGCGGAGCACACAGCGAGAUGGCACGCGCGGCACCUCGAGCGCGUAGGUCACCUGGACCGGCGGCGCGGCGGCGGAGUCGUGGGCCGCUGGGUGCGCGCCGCAGCUGCGGGCCCCGGCCGGCCCCUCGUGCGCCUCAAGCCCUGCCUCUCCGUCUGCCAGCUCGUUGAGCAGCACUGCCCCUACUUCCUGCCGGCAGAUCGCGCGCCCGCAUACCCCACCCAGUACGCCGGCGAGCCCACCUUCCUAUGCCUUGAUCCGCGUAUACCAGAGACGGGCGCACAGGCGAAUAAAUCCAACUACGGAGCCGACGAGUGCUGCUACUGGUACUGCGAGGGGCGGCUCUGCUACCGCUGCGAGGCGCGGCUGAGCGAGCCGCCGCGGCCCGAAGCCGAGUGGUGCUCGCCCGUGGAGGAGCGCGUGGCGACCUGCUCGGUGCCGUAUCAGGCGCCCGCGGCCGCCGCCCAGCCGCUGCCGAGCCUCGGCCUGCUCCUGGCCUCGGUCGUCACAGCUGUCGCCGCGAUGAUUCGGACUCACUGGACACCUACACCACUAGUGAAUGUGCGCGAUACGAGGUUAUAGUUUUACGUUAACGUGCGUCGCACUCCCACGUCCCGCGAUCGCCGGACUAUGAUCGAAACUUCUAUUAGUGCUGUACUUAUGAUAAUAAAUUGCGCGCGAUGACGAGAUGCACGACGCCCGCGCCUCGCGGCCUCGGAGCGCCGAGCGCGAGCCCUCGUCGCGCGUCGCCGCGAGCGCGAGGUGUCUAUAGACUGUAAGUUUAUGUCUGUGCCCGUUUUACACAUCUUUAUCAGAAAAACACCAAAAAUGAUCUUAACUCGUUACUUAUGCGUUAUGUUCAAGCAUAUAGCCGACAUUCCGGCCAGUAUAGUAAUAUUUUUUGCCACGAAAUCUAACGAAUACAUAUUAUUAUAUUUGCGUUAAGUAUUUGUAUAUUUUAAAGUAGGAGUACAAUUAUUACAGCCGAUAGGUGCGAGAGCCCACAGUGCAGUUCAUUUAUUUUUGCUAAAUAUUCUAUAGCUGUGAAUACAAUUUAAAUGCAAAACUCGAAUCUCGUGUCUUAACAAUUAGUGAAAUACAAUACAAGAAUCCGAUAUUCCUAGAAGAAUGAAUAGUAGUAGACCUGAGACCAUAAUAGAUUCUAAAGAAAUGACUGUAUGCGGAAGUACGUGGUAUUUGGCAUAUAAAUACUUACAAGGUAGCGAAGAUAAUAUUAGGUACUAUAGAACAGUUAAAAGUAUUAAAACGGUGAUUUAAUGAAUAUUAUAAUCAUUGCUACCUUAUAUGUAUCUAAAACCAUUGCUGUAAUGCAAAUGUAUACCUACCGUAAAUUGGCACGAAUUACAACAAUAAUUUUCUUAAGGUUUGGACAGACCUUAUGACGGCAGCGACCCGCGACGAUUAAGAGUAGAAGAUAUAGGUACUAAUUGAGGCGUCCACAUUGCAAAGCAUUCGCUUCACUAAGCAGUUGCGAGCGGCUGUGUGUAUGACGUGCUUCAUACUGUUCCUUGUAUUACGAAUUCGCAAAUUGGUAACAAAAAUGGCACUAUCCUUAAAUUAACAGUUCUGGGUUACAACUACAACAAUUUUAAUUCUACGAGAAAAAAAUACGUCCGUUUUAAAGAUCCUUCUGUCGUGUAACUUCUAUCCGUUUGCUAGAUCUUCACUAGAUGAUACCAGUGUCACUUUAUACUUUGUCAUUUUUCGUUUAAUUCAAGCGCAAAAUCUUUAAUUGGCAAAUCGAGAGAGAUUUUAGAUUGGGUCAGUUUUGUUUUCAAUGUGCGAAUUUUUACAGUGUAAUAUUCUGUCGUGUUGUUGCCGUACGUUUUGUAUCUAUCCAGACCUUUUUAACCUUAGUGUCAAUAGUGCGAAUUCGUUUUGUAGUGUUAAUUAUUAUUUUUUAGUCGAACAUUGGUAAAGAGGCGGAGGCUUCGUGACAAUAUUGUUGGUGGUCUCCGUUACUAAGUAUAUAAUAUUAUUGUCAUCGAUUACACGAUCCAGUAUGAUCCGUGUGCUUAGCAUGAGAUAUUUUUACAUCUCAUUAACUUUGAUAGAAUUCGAGCGUCGAAACACAAUAAAGAGUAAAAUUGAAUCAAACAGCAUUAAUUUAAAGUAUAAAAAUUCAGUACAACAAAUUUCGAUUUCACAAUGUUUCAAGAGAAAUCUCUCCCAAGACAAUAUUGUAUGGAAGAAUUUGAGUUCUAAAACAAUUCAUUUUACUUUAACACUUUAGUGUUUCAACGCUCGAGUUCUAUCAACAUUAGUGAGAUGUAAAAUCUCGCACACCGGUCGUUUCUAUUUCAUGCAGUGAGAUAUAAAGAGAUAGAUUGAGCAAUGUGUAAAAUGGAUUAGAAACUGCCGCGAAUCAUGAGAAGUAGCUAAUUAUUGCGGUUAUUUUAACGACUACUUAAGGCUCUUUCAUGUAGAAGAAGUACCGCCGAUUUUACCAAAAACGUUUAAAAUCAAGAAUAAAAUUGGGCGUAAUGACAGUUUUUGUUAUGAAAACCUGCCAAAAUAGCAAAUAUUUUACUCUCGGAUACAGUUGCCUUCAAACUACGGAAAUAUAAUAUAAUACAUAAAUUAAAUAAAAGUACUUUUAAAAGUAGCGUGAGCGAUAUUAAGAUUUAGUUUGAAAUCAACUUAAGACUUAUUACGUUGGUUACUUAAAAUCGGUCCUAAAUAAUCAUAGUACUAAAUAAAUUUAACGUUUCACUGUUUAUAACACCUGUCGUAGCCAUUGAAAAUAAAUAAAUAAAUAAAAAAAAAUUUAUUUCAUGUAAGUAUGUUAAAACUACCAACUAUUCAGAAAGCUGAUUCUACCGAGAAAAGCCGGCGAGAAAACUCAGCAGUUACUCUGUGCAGUGAUAAUAUACAUAAUAUGCUAGGCUCAAAGAAGAAAAACGCUCACUAGCCGAAAAAACUGUGGUUUCGAUUCGACAUCCACACCGCGUGCAAUGGCACCGUUUUAUAAAAACGCAAAUUAUGUGUUGUGGACAUCACAGAACAACCCCUACAUACAUAGUAUAGUGUUUGUGUCGUAGCUUUCGUGAUACUCGACCCUAAAGCGGAAUUUACAUUACGAAAUUAGUGGCACGAAAUUAGUUUCACAAAACUAAUUUCAUUAUCAAUUGCACGUGUAAACGUCUUAUUUCAUAAUGCAUGCAUUACACAUGCAAUAGAUAAUGAAAUUAAUGUCGUGAAGCUAAUUUCAUGCCACUUAUUUUGUAAUGUAAAUUCCGCUUAACGCGUUGUGGCUAUGAAGAAAGUUAUAAGGCGUUCUGAGUCCUAGUUGAUACCACAACGUCUCAACGGGCUUUUGAAUGGACUGGAAGACGCUCCGUAGCCCCAUCAUGAUAUCAUUCAGUUUCAACUACUCAAUGUAGAUGGAUCACUUACACUUGCACUCUUUGCUCCAUUCGAGCUCGUAUAGGCUCACUAUGAAGCGAACUUAUUAGGCCGAAUGGAUCAUGAAUUAUCAUAGCCUCUUCUAGCUUCGCGCUUUUGAAAUACACUUUAAGGGUAUGACAGACAGGAUUACGUGGGAUCGGGGUGCUGAGAUUUCGUUCUGAACCACAUUAUAUUUUUUUUUAUGAACUUGAUGAUGAGGAUUUAUUCCAGUGAUAAAAAAAGUAAUUGUGUCGUGGUUGCAUGAUGUAGGGCUCAGAACGCGCCAUGACUUAUCUUCAUUAACACAGCUCGUUGUAUUUGAAAGCUACGAUAUGAUUUCUGCUAUGUCUGCUUGGUCUGUGUUUGCCACAACGCAUCACGGGUGUUUUUAUAAGUACCAUAAUAUGAAUUUCGGUAUGUAGAUAUUUUAAAAAAGCAUUCCACAUUGUGGGCUAUUUUCUUAAUGAGCUUGCUGGGCCCUUGAGUCUAAUAUAGACAUUUUAUACAGCCACCUUUGUGAUACCGGGCGAAUCAGCUACUGAAACAUGAUUAGCUCUAAAAAUUGCCCAGGAGUUUACAUUUUACACAUUGCUUGCAAGUUUAUUUAUUUAUUACUUUUUAUUUAAAGCAAACAGAGACUAUUUGUUAUGGUUAAUCAGUUACAGUUUCAAGCUAGGCUAAAGUCCUACGCAACCUUUGUCACGAGAGCCAGCCGCCUUGCAUGCCUAAUAAUGGUCUAUUGAGUACAUUAUAUUGGCUAAAUCUUAAAUUAGGAUUAAUUAAUUAAAAGUAGUUGUUGUUUUGUAAGAAAGUAUGACAUUAGCGUAUUAUGAUGACAAUUAUAUUUAAUAAUAUAUCCGUCUUAUGAAUUAAUUGAUAUACCAAUUACAGAUGAAAACGUGGUUGAAGAUGUUUUUAUAUGAAUUGACUAAUUAAUAUAUAUUAUAUACAUAUAUAAAACGUGUUGUAUAUGACAACAGAAAUACCUUGAACACGGGUAUGGUCAUUGUCAUAAUUGAAUAGGUAACAAUGUUAGUUAUUUUGUCUUAUUUUUUAAAAAGUAUUAAAUUAUAGUGGUGUCGUUGAAGAUUUUGUGAUCGAGAAGAAGAUAAAAAUUAAUGGUUAUUAAGACUUUAUUGAAUGGACAUUUGUUGAGAUAUUGUCCUCGAUCGGGGAUGUAGUUGUUGUAUUCGAAAGAUAAUAAUAUUAAAUAAGUUAUUUUUUACGUUUUUAUUGUGUAAAUAUAUCAAAAACGGUUUGUUGUUUCCAUUCCCGUACUUAAAUAAAAGCCACCAAAGGUGCUAAAUGUCUAUUAACGCUUCUUA